UUGUUGGUGUAUGGCAUGUACCAACCAGUUUAGGAUGAGAAUUCCACCUCGAGUUCUUCCUCCCAUAUCUCAUGGCGCAUGCUCCAAGUCUCAAUCCACAUACUCCGUGCUUUCAGUACUCGGAGAUCAUAUUCUACCGAGGAUCCUUCCCAUCGGAAUUCCUGCUAUUUGACACCCUCGAAUCUACCAAUCUCUGUCCUGGAUGGAUGUACACAGAUGAUCGAGGAUCACAAAGAGCUGAGCUGGAUCCAGUCAUGGCUUAACAUCAAGUCAAAUUGGUUUCUUCGAUCACAUCGUGCAGGAAGUUGCAAGUAUAAUUAAAUCAGCAGCACAGUGGAAGCGCCAGAGAAAGGAGGCGACCAUCAGAAGUAUGGGGGGCUCAUCCAUUAUCGGAAGCGUUUUGUUCCCUAAUACGGGUGAUGGGGUUGGAGUCCCAUUGAAUCUUGUCUUUUGUUACUGGCCUUGCCAUGUGUUGUCAGCGUCACAGUCUUCGCUAGAUUUCAAGCAAGAAGAGGGGGGGGUGUGGCCCUCUCCUGCCCUCUCCACUGCAACCAUCUUCCUAAUUCACCUCUGCCUGCGGCAGUGUGCGUGGUAUUGGCGGUCAGGAACAGAACAGGACACUCGAGUUUUAUCUUUGCUGGGAAGCUGACACACACAUACAGAUGCUGUGCGCUAUUUCUACCAUGAUGGAAUCUAGUCGCUGAUUGGGAUUCGAGCUUGUGAUUUAGCAGCUAGAUUGAUUCCGGUAGUAUGGUUAAUGAUUACAAUCAACUGUACGUUACUGUUAACAUUGACAUUUGGUGUGCCAGAAAUCUCUAUCAUUUUGGGUGAAUCGCACUACUUUUUCUAUUUCUCAAGUGUCAUUCUCCCCCUUUUACUUGCUGGUACGAUCCAUCUCCUUUGCGUCAUCCCUUUCUCUCUGCCACACCGUAAUGGGGCGAUCCGCCGCCCGGACGCAAUUCCCGGAGAGCACCGCUCGGGCCAUCCGCCCCUCCAAAACCACCACCACCCCUCGACGGGUCCACCGCCGACGCCGCAUCAAGAACCCGUCUUUCCCCGGCGGAAGGCGGAGUCGCCCCGCCACUCCCCUCCCGACGUGGAAGCUCGGAGAUGCGGACCUCUCGAGGCGCCAGGAGGAGGACGAAGACGUCCGAGGGUCGGCGGCCGCGUUCUCUGCCAGGACGCUCGCGGCGGCGUUGUGGCAUUCGCAGGUGGUGGAAGUAGGCAGCGGCGGUCGGCUUGGAUUCGAGCCUGAUCCAAGGCAUGUGAAUUUCCCGAAUGUCUGUGAUCAUGAUAGGACGGCCCUCCAUACUAGCAUUAGUAAUGAGUUUGCUAGUCCUAGUUCAACCAGCAGGUCCAAAACUACCAUAAAGAAGCAGCAUGAAUUUUCUAGCAUGUUUACCAAUUUCGCAUUGGAGAGGACAACAAAAUGGGAGGCUGGGUGCUCAGGAUCUGCGGAAGGGAUCUACCAUACUUUUGGUCACCAGAAGCUUCUCAAAGAUUGGUUGAAUACUGCCUCUGUCGUUUCUGUUCUCCAAGCAGAGCUCGAGCAGGCUCAUUGCCACAUUAAUGAGCUCGAAAAAGAGAGAGAGUCUGCCAAGGAAAAGCUCGAUCACUUCUUGAAGAAACUCGGAGAGGAAAAAGCUUCAUGGCAGAUCAAUGAGCAUGAGAAGGUUCGGAACAUUAUAACAUCCAUCAAGGAUGACCUCAAUAGAGAGAGAAAAAGCCGGAAGAGGAUGGAGAUUUUGAAUUCCAAACUGGUAAAUGAGCUUGCUGAGGCCAAGUUAUCAGCAAAGCAGUACUUGCAAAACUACGAGAAGGAGAGGAAGGCACGUGAGCUUAUCGAGGAGGUAUGCGAUGAACUUGCAAAGGAGAUUGGAGACGACAAGGCCAAAGUAGAAUCUUUGAAGAGGGAAUCAACAAAAAUCCGGGAGGAAGUGGAUGAAGAGAGAAAGAUGCUGCAGAUGGCAGAGGUUUGGCGUGAAGAGAGGGUACAGAUGAAGCUGGUCGAUGCAAAACUCAUGCUCGAAGAGAAAUAUGCAGAGUUGAUCAAACUUCAAUCUGAUUUAGAUUCUUUUCUCAAAAGUUGUGACAUCACUAAUGCAAAUGCAUCAUCGCUGAAGGAAGCUGAGGUGCUUAAUGUGGAUGCCAGCUCGAUGAAGUUCCAGGAUGUUGAAUUUCUUUAUCAGCCUCCUGCUUCAGGGGAUUUCCUUGUCUCUGAUGAACUCAAGUCAAGAGACGAGGCUAAUGAAAGGGGGAUCGAAAAAUGCUAUGGCUACAGUCCCAAAAGUCAUGCCUCUAGGAUACACACUGUUAGCCCUGAGACUGAUAUCUUUCUGGAAAGUUGCGUGAGCCAUACCGAGGGUCAGGGUUCUUGCAAUUCUCCAAAAGGGAGUGAUCCAUCCGCAAAUGGCAUCCAUGAAGAAAGCCAUGCAUCAGUUAGCAGAACUGAUUGGAAUCUGAAAAGUGAUGCUAGCAAUUUAAAAAGUGAAACUAGUGAAAUUUGUUCAGGAACCACUAAACAAUCUAGGAAGAAGGUGCCUUAUAUAGGUAAAUUUUGGAGAUCAUCUUGUACAAGCAACAGCUAUAACAAGAAAACCCCACUAGAUAUAUCAAAUGGAAAGCUACUGAAUGGUGGGUUGUUGAAUGCUGCUCUAUCCCCUGAUAUGAUUUCAAGUGAAGCUGGUCUAAGCUCACCGAGCGUGGAGCAGGGGAGCUCCUCUAAUUCAAUUAACCCACAUGUAGGUAGAGGAACAAAAGGAUAUGUUGAAUGGUCAAGGGACACAAAGAACCAUAGUUUGAAGACAAAGCUCCUGGGGAUGAGAAUGGAGAACCAGAAAGUACAGUUGCGCCAUGUUCUUGAACAUAAGUCUUAGCAUGAACAUUUUUUUUUGCUAUCAGAGAUGUGUGCCAUUCGACCAAGCUGGCUGUUUUUUUGGUUUCAUGGUAGUGCUGGUGCCAGAUCUAAAGCAUGACUAUGUAUUUAUUAUAUGAUCACUAUCGCCAAGGCGGAACGCAGCUGGGUCGGUAAGAAUUGGGCAUGCAUUUGGGCCAUUUAAUGCAUUAGUUGCUGUUGUUGAAACUACUUGUACCUUGAUGCCUCCUUCAAGCUACAGCGAGAACCUAGAGCAUAUUGUACGAGACUUCUCUUUGUAUGAUCAUAAUCUUUCUCGUAAUCGUAUAUAUUUUGUUACCUUAUGAUACACGUAUCAUUCUUUGAAGCAAGCAACAAGCGAAAUAUGUUGGAUCUUUUUCUUUUCUUUUUUUCUGUAG